AAAAUGGAAGAGCAAAAACAACUAAGGAUUCUCUGUUUUCACGGCUAUCGUCAAAGUGCAGAAAUUUUCCAGAGAAAAUCUGGUGCAUUAAGGAAAGCCUUAAAAAGUCGUGCAAAAUUUGAAUUUAUUUCUGCCCCAUUUACAAUAAAUAAUUUAAACGGAGAGGAAGAAGAGGAGGGAGAAAAGAAAGAAGGCCGUGCCUGGUGGUUCUCUAAUCGUGAACAAAGAUCUUUUUCCUCAAGGGAAGUCUGUACAAUUGCGGAUGGUUUUGAAGAAUCAAUUAAAUAUACACUCGAAUUGGUAAAUGUGGAGAUUACUGGUCCCGAAAAAAAAUGAG